AUGCAGACCAUCGCGCAUUCCAUUCCGAGCAAGGCUACCGCUGCGAUGGCGGCUUCGGAACACACUGUGUCGUCCCACGACCUUCAGACCGUCAGGACCAAGUCGCUGGCUCGCAGCAGCCACCCGGGUAUGCUGCGUCUCGAGUACCUGCGCAAGAUGCUGCUGUACGCGCUGCUGUGCCUGCUCGCCAAGGCGCUGGCCGCGAAUCCAUGCUUCGGGUUCGCCCUGCAGUACUGCCAACUGCGCAUGCCGAACGCGCUCGUCGUGUUCGCUAAAGCCUUCCGCUGGAGCAAGACGUCGGAGGCGCUCUUCUUCUCGUUCAUCUAG